AAACCCCUGUCCCGUGCUCUGGAUAUAGUUGGCUAAGCUGGCUUUUUUUUCUUCUGCAAACUUUGAACGGUUACGACUUUGUAUUCAAAAGAUCACUCAAUACAGAAAAAAACACACACACACACACACACACACACCCAAAGUUGAUCUCUGUAUUCAAUCUAUGACUGUGUAUGGCAGAGCUCCAAAAACAAAUCACUUCCUUCAAAAAGAAUUCACCUUUUCUUUUUUACCAUAGCCUUUUUGUAUAUAAUAAGUUAACCUACUGAUGAAAAUAUAAACUAAAAAUCCUCGUUUGUCUCCAAUCUCUGAUUCCCAUUUGCCUCCUCUCUCUCUUACUUUUAUUUUUUUCCCUUAUUUGAUUCCUCUUUUUUCACAUUCAGGAUUCCUUCUUUUGACUCGCUUAUUUCAAGUUUUCUUUCCUUGGGUUCAUUUAAAUUCGUUUGUUUUGAAAAUUUUGAAGUGAAUGAAAGAAAAAAAAAACAUGGGUGGUGUUAACAAGGUGGAAGUGAUAAACAGCAAAGGUUGUUCAAAGUUGUUUGUUGGGUUCUCAUCUUCGGUGCCAUCAUUUAGAAGUUUCCAAUCGUUUGAACCAAUGUCCCCUGCUUCUACUUCUCUUGGUUCUGAACCGGUUCGAUCCACUGGUCCAUUUUCCGGUCUUGUUAUAUGCGUUACUGGCUUGUCCAAAGAAGCAAGGAAACAAGUAAUGGAGGCUACAGAGAGAUUAGGUGGUCAAUACAGUACCAGUUUACAUCCUCAAUGCACUCAUUUGGUGGUCCAGAGUGUUACUGGACGUAAGUUCGAUCACGCUGUAAAACAUGGAUCGAGAAAUGGUCUAUUCCUUGUUAAACUUGGAUGGUUUGUGGAUAGUGUCAAGAGGAAUGUAAGGUUAAGUGAAUCACUCUACACCGUGAAGGGUGCAGAAGAACAUGCCGCAUGUGUAGAUGAGUUGAAUCGGCUUGCUGGGUCUACUGCUUCCGAAAGCUCAUGUCUUCCUGCCGGUUUUCAUGAAGCAAAGAAACUAGACAUGAUAGGAAAGCCAAAUGUACGGUAUUCUGGAAGAGUCCUCAAUAGAAGUAUGGACUCAGUGUUAUCUGGUCAUACAAUAUACAUCGAUUCUGAUAUUUCAGUUGAACUACGUAAUAAGGUUCUCGAGGCAGCAUCAGAAGAAGGGGCCAUGGCAGUAGAUGGUUGGUUUGCUGGUUGCAGUGCAAGUCAUGUAGUGUGUGAAGGAAACUCUGUACAUCGAUAUAUUGGCCACUCGAACAACAUAGUUACACCAUUAUGGGUCCUGAAAACAGCCGAGGAUAGAAAUUUGCAAAGGCUUGUUCACAUGUCUGCUGAUUUGGCCAGGCAAAUUGGGAUACUGCUUGAAAAAUCUCAGAAUGGCAUUGUAGGAGAGGAAAAUAAUGUGGCUAGUUCAACAAUAUCUACUCGGAGCGUUAGAGGGAAUGCAAGUCAUGAAGAGAGGCAACAAAUUGUACAUUUGGCUAAAACGGGGGUUAGAAAUCAUCGCAGUCUCCGUAUGCAGACUUGUCAAAACCCUUUCCGUCCAAUAAGCCCAACCAUUCUUCUGGAGACAAUUUGUUGGUCGAUAUCGGAGCCAACUUCGACUGCCUCUAUUUUCACAGACACUGUUAGUGGCGAAGAUGCUAGUGAGCAUCAAUCUGUGUUCUUUGAUGCAAAUGGUGAUGGCAAGGAUUCUGAGACCUCAUUUACUAACAUAACCCGGUCACUUACAGAAAGUGAGAAAAAUGAGUUGAUAUUCAAGAACCAUUUUCUUACCAUACUAUUUCCAGCUGAUCGAUUUUCUGAAAUGGGGCCUUCUUCACGGACAUAUUUCAGCAAUAAUGGCUUUACACGUCUGCAGAUUUUGGAUUUUAUAUAUGCUUUUUAUCAGGAGAACAUGUCAGUCCAUGAAAUAGAGGCCGCUAUUCACACAGACUCAAGGCAUGCUGACAGGCUUCGAUCAGCAUACUGUAGCAAAGAGACAAUAGAACAUGGAUAUACGGUUUUCAAACGAAUAGAUUUCCUAGGAAGUCGUAAAAGCUUUGAAAUGCUGAAGCGUGUUAGCGGAGAUAAUGACAGUAAUGUAUAUGAACUCUUGAUUAGAGCUUAAACAUGCCAUUUGCAUUAGAUGCCUUCAUAUACCACUACCGAAGAUGGCUUCGAAUCUUCAGUUAGCAGCAUCAACAUUUCAACGGAAAAAAAUAGUUACACAUCGUAUUAUGACAUGAUCCUUGUUUAGUUAUAGUGUGUCCGGUGUGAAAGGAAGAGUGAAUGAGCGAACUUAAAACUUUGUUUGUCAUAGCUCUAUAUUUAACAUGAUGAAGAUCAGCUUCGUCCUAAAAUACUGUGAAGAAAUAUGAAGGAAAAUGGCCGACUGCCGGAUAAUACAACAUUCUCUAUUGAUAUAUUGAAACAAAAAGAUGGUAGGACCCAAUGAUGAGAUUCCCCUCCUUUAAAAGUUGAUAAAGCUUAAAGGGUGUUGCAGUGUCCCAACAACUUUUGUUUUUGGCAGCCCUUGCUUGCAUUCCAUCAUGCAGAAAUCUGGGUGCAUUGAAGGUGAUCUUUUUUUUUAUGCAAAGCUGAUGAGAAAACCCCCUUUUUUCUAGUCUAUCUCAGGCUCAGCACAAUGGCCAAAUUUCCGAAGGAUUACCAUCAAGAAAAAAGCGAGAACGAUAAGAAACUAGCAGUGAUCAUAAAGUUGAAAAAACAAAAGAUUGGUCAGGUAAGGUUACUCAGUUGGGUUAAUAUCCUUUCAACAAUAUCACUCGGCUUUGACUUGAAUCUUCACAGUUACACCCCCGUUUUGUUCUCUUCCACAAGAUUCCUGUCCUCUGUUAUUGCAGACAUACAACAUGACUUGGACCAAGUAUAUUUUACAGUGGCCGCUAUUAAGGACUAUAUGAUACAAAAAUGUUGGGAGUCCCCAUCCACAGUCAUCCCGUUGUUUGCUGUUCUUUUGCAUUUGGUAUGAAAUGCUUUUCGUGUAUUAUUGGAUUCCAUCAUCUUUGUUUUCUAUAUUCAGAACGUCAUUGUU